GCCUAGCAGGGAAAUAUUCCACAAGCUUCCAUCAGUGCCAUGAUACCUUAACAGAAAGGAUUCGCUUUCCUUGGGCUUGCUGAGUCUUCUGCAGGGGCAACUGCCCCCAGACGUCACCUGAGUAAAAGGAACAGCCGCACUUUUUCCAGGUGACACCCCGCGCUGUCCGUGGAAGGUGCUCUGUGCAGCUGAGGGUCGUCUUCUCCAGGUGCAGCAGCCCUGCCUUAUCAGCUGAAGUCUGAGGGCACUUAGGGCUGCAGAAAACUCAGCAGGUUCUGCAUUGCCAGUGAAGGGAGUAAUUGCAGGAUUAGACGUUAGUGGAGCCUGAGAACGGAGCUGUCACCAAGCAAUUCCAUCUUCAAUCAAUCAGCCUCCUGCUUCCCACUGCUGCACCAUGAAAAUCCUGUUUAGUGACGUUCUGCUGCUCAGCCUGCUCUCCAGCGUGUUCAGCAGCUGUCCCAGGGACUGUCUCACCUGCCAGCAGAAGCUCCACCUGGACCCAGACAGCUUCAACUUGAAGGUGUGCAUCCUCCAGUGUGAAGAGAAGGUCUUGCCCAGUCCUCUCUGGACUGGAUGCGCCAAAGUCAUGACCAGCGGCUCUGGGCAGCUCAGCCCUGCUGACCCAGAGCUCGUGUCGGCGGCUCUUUACCAGCCAAAAGCCUCGGAAAUGCAGCAUCUAAAGCGAAUGCCCCGGGUCAGAAGCUUGGUGCAAGCGACAGAGACCGAGCCCGGCACAGAUGAUGCCGAGCAGGUGGAGCAGAAGCAGCUGCAGAAGAGGUUUGGGGGCUUCACUGGGGCCCGGAAGUCAGCCCGGAAGUUGGCCAACCAGAAGCGGUUCAGUGAGUUUAUGAGGCAGUACCUGGUCCUGAGCUUGCAAUCGAGUCAGCGCCGGCGCACUCUGCACCAGAAUGGCAUCCAGGUGAUCCCCCGAACAGCAUGUGUCCACGCCCAGACCUGCCGGCCGGGAGUCAGGAUCCCUUCCUCCCUGAGGCACUGAGUACCCACAGCACCUCCCUGCCCAGUCGUUACCCUCUUCCCCACGGCAUGUUUCACCACCACCCUGUUGCUACAUCAGAGUGUAUUUUUGUAAUUCCUCCAGCUAACAUUUUAACGGCCCCACCUCCUCGCGCAUCUUCUGCCCUCUCGCAGGGCCAGGUGAGAGGAACAUGAAGUCAGACCUGGGGUUUUGCCUCGUCACUGCCAUAAUCUGUUUGUAAAAGAGCUGUUCUUUUUGACCGGUCGUUUGAACACAGCUCUCUCCAUUAAACUUCUACUGAGCAAAUGGUUAA